AUGGAAACGGCAGACCUGGUAGUAGACGGCACGCGCACAACGGGAAAGGAUGUGCGCGAAUUAAACGUAACGGCAGCAGUGGCUAUUGCCAACAUCGUCAAGAGCUCAUUGGGCCCUGUAGGACUCGAUAAAAUGCUCGUUGAUGAUAUUGGCGACGUAACUAUCACUAACGACGGCGCAACUAUUCUCAAGCAGCUUGAGGUUGAGCAGCCUGCGGGAAAGGUGCUUGUAGAGCUUGCCGGUCUUCAGGAUCAGGAAGUUGGCGAUGGUACUACGUCCGUUGUUAUAAUAGCGGCUGAGCUCCUCAAGCGCGCCAACGAGCUGGUCAAGACCAAGAUACAUCCUACGUCCAUUAUUGCUGGAUACCGUAUCGCUAUGCGUGAGGCUGUCAAGUACAUUAAGGAAAAUUUGUGCGUGCCCGUAGAUUCGCUGGGUCGUGAAAGCUUAGUAAACGCUGCGAAGACCAGCAUGUCGUCGAAGAUUAUUGGCCCUGAAAGUGAUUUCUUUGCCAAUUUGGUCGUGGACGCUGUGUCGUCCGUCAAAGUAGAACAGGAAGGUGCCAAGGGUAAGAUUAGGUUUAAGUAUCCCGUCAGCUCGAUUAACGUGCUCAAGGCCCAUGGUAAAAGCGCGCUCGAGACGCAUCUAGUGGAUGGAUUUGCCCUAAAUUGCACGAAGGCUUCACAGCAGAUGCCCACAUACAUAAAAAAUGCAAAGAUUGCAUUGUUAGACUUUGAUCUGCAGCGUCACCGUAUGCAAAUGGGUGUGCAGGUGGUUGUUAACGACCCAAAUGAGCUAGAGCUGAUUCGUCAGCGUGAGGUUGACAUCACCAAAGAAAAGAUCCAGAAGAUGAUCGACGCGGGUGCCAACGUGAUUUUAACGACCAAAGGGAUUGAUGACUUGUGUCUGAAAUACUUUGUGGAGUCCGGAUGCAUGGGUGUUCGACGCUGUAAGAAAGAAGAUUUGCUGCGUAUUGCAAAGGCCACAGGCGGUCAAGUUGUGCUUACGCUUGCCGACAUGGAGGGCGAAGAGACUUUUGACCCUUUGGCUUUGGGCGAGGCGCACGAAGUGUGCGAGGAGCGUGUAGGCGAUGGCGAGCUUAUAUACAUUAAGGGCUGCAAGACGCGCCAAGCCACUACUGUAGUACUUCGUGGAGCUAAUGAGAACAUGCUUGAUGAGAUGGAUCGCUCCAUGCACGAUGCUUUUAUGGUUGUGAAGCGAAUGCUCGAAAGUAACCAGCUCGUUGCUGGUGGCGGGGCAGUAGAAGCGGCUUUGUCUAUUUACCUGGAAAACUUUGCGACAACGUUGGGCUCCAGAGAGCAAUUGGCCAUCGCCGAGUUUGCUGACUCGCUGUUAGUAAUCCCCAAAACACUGGCAGUCAACGCUGCCAAGGAUGCCUCAGAGCUCGUUGCGCGCCUCCGUGCGCACCACAAUACAUCGCAAAGUGAUGCUGCCAAGUGCGACUUGCGAUUUUCGGGUCUGGACCUGCUAGAGGGCACUGUGCGAAACAAUUUGGAAGCUGGUGUGGUCGAGCCUGCUAUAAGCAAGAUCAAAAGCCUACGCUUUGCCACGGAGGCUGCCAUUACCAUAUUGCGAAUCGACGAUCUUAUCAAGCUCAACCCUAAGGAAGAGCCCCAGCAGUAA